CAAGUCAGCGAACAGUAUCUUGGCGACUGCUUUUCGGCGUGGUGAUAAAGUUCUUUCCAUAAAUAUUCUUUCAGUUUAAACAGCCUUUCUAAAGGAACCACAAGCUGGAAGUGGAGCAUCAUGACAUUACUGCAUAAACUUCUCGUCUUGUCCUGGCUUGUUGGGUCAGUAGCUGUAGUGGGUCAGACACCAACAGAUGCCUCCAGCAUAGACCCUCCCAGUGGGACGCCUAGUUCUAGCCCCACAGUGAACUCCUUAGUGACCUUCACAGCUGACAGCAGCAUAGCGCCCUCAGAGACGGGAGGCCCAAUCCUGAGUACUACCUUCACUUCUUCACCCUCUGUGGACUCCCCACCCACAGCUGUGAACUCAUCUCCUACCACAGGUGACCCUUCGGCCACCACCAUGGAGCCCACCACAGGGUCCACACAGACUUCUACAGCCGAUGUUGCCACCACUGACGCCAUGGUCACCAGCACCAUGACAACAUCGUCAGAGACCAUCAGCGAGUCCACCGGGACUCCCAGUCCCACCUCCUCAGAGACGAACAUAGCAUCUAGUGUCACAACCAUGGCCACUCCCACUGAGGAAAAUACUGCAUCCACACAGCAAAUUAGCACAACCUGGGCCGACAGUACUUCCUCCUCCAGUUCUACAGAGGCACCCGUUUUGGGCGAGGAACCAACUACUGACACAGCCUCAACCAGCACUCCUGACACCACUGUAACGGAAGACCACACAAGUCAAGUGUCAAGUGAUCCCAACUCCACUGAAUCGGAGCAAUAUACAUCGGCCUCACCUCCCACUGAAAACAGUGAGUCUAUCACUACUAGUAACUCCUCAUCAACUACUGAAUCCACCUCUGUAACUAGUUCUGUAUUUCCUCAUGAGAACAGCCCAACAUCCAUUACAGCUAGCUCUGAAACCAGCUCAGUGCCUCUAUCGACAUCUGAAUCUGAAAUCACAUCCAGCAUAGCAUCUACCCCUUUGACUAAUCUGACACCCACUUUGGACGGCAACCAUACCACUAUCCCAACAACCAACUUCACAACUGACUUGACUGAAUCAAGCCCUGUAACUAACCCAGUCGUCUCAACCAUGUUUACCUCUUUGUUCCCAUCAUCUCCCUCUGCCAACGUCACUUCAGAGACACACAGUUCAGAAUCUACUACACCAUACAUGCCCACCACCAACACCACUGACAACAACAGUAGCAUCAUAGUAACAACCAGUCCAACAUCCACUGUUGAGAGCACUUCCAGAAUAAGCACAGUAUCCACCCCUUUGACUGACAGCAGCUCUAGCACUACCCCAACAUCCAGCUUCACAACUGACUUGACUGAAUCAAGCCCUGUAACUAACACAUCUACCUCUCUGACUAAUCCAACACCAACCUCAGGAAGCAUUUCAACAUCCAACUCCUCAACCACUCCCACAUCCUCCAUAGAGAUUAGCACACCUUUGAGAUCCACCAGCAACCCAGUAGUCUCAACCAUGUUUACCUCUUUGUUCCCAUCAUCUCCCCCUGCCAACGUCACUUCAGAGACACACAGUUCAGAAUCUACUACACCAUACAUGCCCACCACCAACACCACUGACAACAGUAGCAUCAUAGUAACAACCAGUCCAACAUCCACUGUUGAGAGCACUUCCAGAAUAAGCACAGUAUCCACCCCUUUGACUGACAGCAGCUCUAGCACUACCCCAACAUCCAGCUUCACAACUGACUUGACUGAAUCAAGCCCUGUAACUAACACAUCUACCUCUCUGACUAAUCCAACACCAACCUCAGGAAGCAUUUCAACAUCCAACUCCUCAACCACUCCCACAUCCUCCAUAGAGAUGAGCACACCUUUGAGAUCCACCAGCAACCCAGUAGUCUCAACCAUGUUUACCUCUUUGUUCCCAUCAUCUCCCCCUGCCAACGUCACUUCAGAGACACACAGUUCAGAAUCUACUACACCAUACAUGCCCACCACCAACACCACUGACAACAGUAGCAUCAUAGUAACAAACAGUCCAACAUCCACUGUUGAGAGCACUUCCAGAAUAAGCACAGUAUCCACCCCUUUGACUGACAGCAGCUCUAGCACUACCCCAACAUCCAGCUUCACAACUGACUUGACUGAAUCAAGCCCUGUAACUAACACAUCUACCUCUCUGACUAAUCCAACACCAACCUCAGGAAGCAUUUCAACAUCCAACUCCUCAACCACUCCCACAUCCUCCGUAGAGAUUAGCACACCUUUGAGCUCCACCAUCAACCCAGUAGCCACAAGCCCCGUCACUUCAGAGACACAGAAUUCAGAAUCCACUACACUAACCAUGCCCACCACCAACACAGGCUUCACUUACACCACUAACAGUAGCAUUAUAGCAACUACUAGCGUCAAUACGGCCACUAAUACCAUGACCUCUGGUCCAACCACUACCCCAAAUGUCGGGACUACUUCCGAAAAUAUUAAUAACACUGACCUAACCACCGUUGUUACUUCCACUGAGCUGACCACCUCCAGCUCUCUCGCCUCCACCAGCACGGCCACCACCUCUAACCCCUCACAAACGCCAACAACGGCGACAACGUCAGCAGCCACUAGUGAAACCACUGAACAAUCAGAGAGCACAAUGGCGGAAGUACCAACUACAGUGGUCAGCACCACUGCCAGCUCGGCAUCCACCACCACAUCACAGGUUGAGACUAGCACAGAGAUGUCUAGUCCUGGCACCACCAUAUUCCCGCCAACUGCAGAGACCUCCACCAUGACCACAGCUGAAUCAAUGCCCAGUACAACCACAGUUAUGUCUACUCAGAGCACAACCAUGCUGUCUGAAGGUACACCGAGUGCAACAACCGCUGUCCAGUCAACAGAAACCGCUAACACGGUGGUCGAAUCAACAGCAACCAUGACAACAGCUGUCCAGUCUACUACAAACAUGGUGACCCAGUCAACAAUGAAUGCGACCACACCAGAGACUAGUACAAUUGUGUCCACAUCUACAGCAAAUAUAAUAGACCCCUGUACCUUAUGCCCACGAGGAAGCAUGUGUGUGAACUCCACAUGCCAGUGUCUGCCUGGUACCUACCUGCAGCCUGGCAACCCUCCAGCCUGUGAUGAUGCCCGCGUUUUCCCUGGAAGUCUACGAUUAAACUCAACUUUCUUGCCAGAGAUGGCUGACCAAUCCAGUCAGAUUUUCAAGAACACUGCUAACGAAAUCAUACAUGCAUUGAACAUGGUCUUAAAGGACCAGCCAGGCUAUAUUAACUCCACGGUGAUACGUCUCAGCCAGGGCAGUGUGAUUGCCACGGUAGAGAACAUAUUUCUGACAACCUCAGUGGCCACAGAGAACUCCACGACAGACACCAUACACCAAGCUAUUAAGAACUGCACAGCAGACUGUACAAGUAUCCUCUUACUGGCUACAGGAUAUGAUCGUACUGAUUUGUGUGAUUUGUCCCCUGGGCCGUGCGAGGCUGAGACCACUGAGUGUAGUUCCCGGGACGGCAGACCUGUCUGCACCUGCCAGAGCAGCUUUGUCAGCAAUCCCUACAGCCCCAACAAAUGCGUAGCUUGUCCCAGUGGCCAGCGAGCAGAGGGAGACAGAUGUGUGCCGUGCCCCCCUCUAUACACCGGCUUCAACUGUAAUGACUCUUCUCCGUUGGCAGUAGUGGUCAUCUCAUGUGUGCUCGGGGGCAUUCUGCUCCUCCUGGUUCUCGCUCUCAUCAUCUACUUCUGCGUCACACGCAGGAGAAAUGAGAAGCCGAAUGACUUUAACAGCCCGUACACCCCAGACGACUUCCGCAGCUCGUGGCCCACGCAGGGCGUUACGCCAAUCCCACGCGCCACCGCCAACCCCAACUUAGAGACAAGCCUGGAGAUGACCGAGGCAGGCAGCACCCACUCCCUCGUCUCCAAGAGGGGCAACACCAACGGCAUGAAGAUGGGCCGGAAGACGGGAUCGUAUGACGUCACCACUAAUGAAAACCUGGGGACCUUCAAGGGCAAGGCUCCCUCCCGUUACUCCUAUCUGGUCCAGGGUCAUGAGAACCCCUACUUCAUCCCGGGGGACGAGAACAGGACCACAUGAGGGCAGAGGACGGCGAGUGCUGACCGCAGGAGGAAGGAUAGAAUAGGAUGGAGGGUGAACGAUGGGAGAGGAGAGAAACUACAAUAACAAAAGCCAUGGAUCAAAUGUUUGACCAAGACAUCAUCCUAAACAAUUAUAUUUAUACAAUGUGUGUGCAUGUGUGUGUGUGUGUGUGUGUGUCUCUCCAUAAUAGGUAAAAACAAACAAGGAGACAUCCAACCAGACACCAUUUUUCAUUCUGUACUCUCCCUUUCACUGAAGCCUUGUCCAUAUGUUACAAACAGACUUUAUGGCAUCCAGGGACUGAAACAAAAUCAGAUUUAGCUUUGCAUCUUAAUACUCAGCUGAUGCAAGACUUAGCCAUUAUGUUUCGUCACCUCUAAGUCUUGCUGAAAUUAUGUUGUUUUUAUUUCUUGACAAAUGGAUCAAUCAUGUUGCACAUCCAAUCACAAAUAACAACAAAACAUACUUUCAUUUAUGUCCAUAUGCUAUGGGGUGAUAGCAGGUCUAUGUGUACUUUUGCAAGUUUUCUUUUCUUUUGACCAGCAGGGGGUGCCAGUAUUCUACAUCAUGUAUUUAUUGCGAUUUAUUUGAUUGCUCGCCAGAUUAAUUUCAACACCAUGACCAAACCACGGCACCACUCAUUCAGGUGUUAAUAUUUCUGUGCAUACAGAUGGUGUAGCAUUCCAGUAGUUCAGUGCAAAUAUAUUGCAUUUCAAGCUUAAACGUGCUACGUUUACCACUUGCAAAAAUGCAUGGUCAAUUUAUUUAUGUGUGUCUGUCUGAAAAUGUGUGUGUGUGUGUGUGUUAUUUUGGGAGAGACUGAUUACAUGCUCUUUGAUGUAAGAUUGUCUGGAAAGGGCUGGACCCCAAAGCAAGAGUUUGUUCAAAUGUUUCUUUCCAAAGGGACUUCUUGUUCUCAUUGUUGUUGAAGAAGUGGCUGUUAUUGGACUCAGUUCAAGGUCAGCUUGCUGAUGUCAGUGCCUGUUUUAAUGGUCUUUUCUAAAGAUUGAGAAUAUUGAAAGGAGAAUGCAAAAAGCAGAAGGAAAUUAAGUGACUUUUUGUCAGAGUAUGUCUUCAGGAUGUGCCAACACUCAUGAAUAUUUAAAUAUGUGUCUCAAUGAAUAAGAAAUAUGCCCAACAUUUUAAUGUAUUAUAUGUCUUAAUUUAAUAUGCCAUGUGUAUAUGUUGGUUGGAGACAAUGCACUAUUUUCUAAAUGUAUAUAUGACUUUUAUAAAUGAGGAUUGUCUUUUUGGAUAUGAAUGGUGUAUGUAUGACAAAAGGAAAAUAAAUUAAUUUAAACAACA